AGCCACGCAAUCUGCCUUCCUUGCAAACAGCUUUACAGUCACCACUCUACAACCACAAAAUGAUCGCUCUCCGUGCUGCCACCUCUGCCCGCGUCGCCGUUUCCAGGGCUCCAGCUUCCAUGUUUGUCCGAUACUAUGCUCCCGACAUCAGGUCCGAGGGUGCUACCGCCUCUUCCACCUCUUUCCACGAGCGAGAGCAGGCCAAGGAGGCUCAGUACGUCAGGCAGCGAGAGGCUGAGAAGCUCAAGGCUGCCAAGGCCAAGCUCGCCGAGGCUCAGGCCGAGGUCGAGAAGCAGCAGAAGGUUGUCGACUCCCACGAAUAAGUGCUUGAGAGUGUAGUGUAGUCAAGGAGAAAUGCAUAAAGAAAUGGGAUAGUUUUUCGGUAGUCGAAACCAGCAGGCAAACGAAAUGAAUUUAUCGUGGAUGGCAUUUGCACAUGCACUCUUGAG